AUGUCCGACUCGAGCGACGACGACCUGGCCGACCACCGCGCGGCCGCACGACACUUUGCCCGCCGGAGCCAGCUGCCGCCCGGCAUCAACGAUGGCUUCAUGACACGGUCCGCCGACCGAUACUCGCCCGACAUCUACUCGGUCGCGUCCGAUCCCGACCCCCCGAGCCAGGCGCCGAUGAUGUCCGCGCUCGACGCCGGCAUGCAGUCGCAGUACGCCGGCAGACACUCGCAGUACUACGCUUCCCGGACGCCCAACCCCGGGCCCCAGAUCAAGCCGCAUCUGUCGUCCCUCGAUAUCCCACGCCGCUACGGCAGCAAUGCCAUCCUCGACAUGUAUGCGCUCACCUACGUCAGCGAACCGGACCCGAAUCUGCUGUGUCCGAUUUGCCACGACCCCCUCGUCGAUCCCGUCACGACGCCGUGCGAUCAUACCUUUUGCUACCGCUGCUUGCGCAGAAGCAUGGCGUCGAGCCCUGCGGGCGGUGCCUGCCCCAUUGACAGAGAGCCUCUGCUGUGGACAGACUGUUCCAGCUCUAUACGGCUGAUCCGCACUCAGCUUAAUAACCUGAUCGUCAAGUGCCCUCACCACGGCAGAGGCUGUGAAGAGGAGAUGAGGCGGGAGGUGGUGGAGCGGCACGCCACUGUCGAGUGCAGCUUUCGAGAGUUCCCCUGCCCGGACGCCGACUGCGAAAAGACAAUUCGCUACAAGCCGACGGACGACAAGUGCCACCAUCAAGAGGCCAGUUGCAUCUUCUGCGACGCCAUCAUCGAGGACGCCGACCGCGAUAUCCACUUGCUCCAGUGCCCCAAGAGCAAAACCCGAUGCGCCGACUGUUGGUCGCUGAUUCUCCGCGAGCAAGAGGACGGCCAUCGAAACCUAGAUUGCGACGCCAUCGAGGUGGGAUGCCGAUUCCAAACCGCCGGCUGUCCGGUGAGGGUUCCGCGCGCGCACCAAGAGCUCCAUGCCCUGUCCUGCCCGUUCCACCCGGAUUCACCAUCCGGUGCCAUCAUACGCAGUCAGCGUGAGCUCAUAGAGACGUACAACAGCUUGGGAAGCCAGCUCCGCCACCUGCGGGCCAGGCAGGAGGAGACAAGCCGGCGGCUCGACCACGUCGCCGGGCCGGCUCUGCGCCCGGGUGACCCGGGCUUCAGGGAACCAAGGCCGAUGCCAGACCUGGAUGCCGGCUUCGAAGAGGUGCACCACAACCUGAGCAAUCUCGAGGCUCGGCAGAGCAUGUGGAUGGUCACCCAGCUCAUGCCCGUCCGGGAAGAGAUUGUGGAGCUACGCAAUACCAACAACAUGCUUCGCAUGCAAGUUAAUUACCUUUUAAGCCGCGUCCGCGAUGAAGGACAGCCACGACCGACAUCUAGCGGAACGACAAGGCCCACGUCGAUGGGCUCCGACACGGUGGCGCGGGAGCCGAUGCCUCCCAUGAUGCGCCAGAGACGGCGGUCCUCCGCUGCAGACGUUGACCUUCCCCGAUUAUAG